AAAUAAAAGAAAGGAUUAGGAAGUGAUUUAGAGCUUGACGGCACGUGGAAAGCCCAUGACCGCAUGUAGGCACACUCGUCUCACUUCUUCUCACCUUAUCGUCCACAGAGAAUGGGCUAAGGCGUCAAGCCACGAGAUUUUUAAAAAUCUGUAAGGAUGAUCGAAAAGCAGAAAUUGGAUUCAGACAGAUAUGAGUGGAAAAUCACAGUCUCCAUACACAGCUGAGAGGAAUCCCCGCAAUAACAAGCUCACGUCUUCCACAUAAUCCUUUCUCUCUUCACCCCACCAUAAAGAAACAAACCCCAUAAACGCCUUCCCUCUCUACUUGGAAUGACGCAAAUGGCAUUCCCCCAACUCAUCCCCUCUGCUUCAUCUUCCUCGUCCUUGAACCCCAAUAAACUUGCCUACUCUUCCAAUCCUAAUCUUCAUUUCCCUUCACGGCCUCUUCUUCGCUGCCGCCUCCCCCACUUCCGUCGCCGCCGGCGGCAUGAUUCCCUCCGCUGUUCUUCCUCAUCUUUCUCGGAGAAGCACCACACCAACUCCCCCAAAUCAGACGACGUGGUGGAACUCCCUCUUUUCCCUCUUCCCCUUGUUCUCUUCCCCGGCGCUAUCCUUCCUUUGCAGAUCUUUGAGUUCCGUUACCGCAUAAUGAUGCACACUCUCCUUCAGACCGAUCUUCGUUUCGGGGUUAUCUACUCCGACGCUCUUUCCGGCACAGCCGACGUUGGCUGCGUCGGUGAAGUCAUUAAGCACGAGCGCCUCGUCGAUGACCGUUUCUUCUUAAUCUGUAAAGGCCAAGAGCGGUUCCGCGUCACCAACCUUGUCCGCACCAAGCCCUACCUGGUCGCUCAAGUGACCUGGCUCGAGGAUAGGCCGUCUGCGAAUGGCGAAGAGGACCUUGACGGUUUGGCCACUGAGGUGGAGACCUAUAUGAAAGAUGUCAUACGUUUAUCCAAUCGACUGGGGGGAAAACCGGAGAAGGAAGUGGGGGAUUUGAGAAGGAACCUCUUUCCCACGCCUUUUUCUUUCUUUGUAGGCAGCACAUUCGAGGGCGCGCCAAGAGAGCAGCAAGCUUUGCUUGAAUUGGAGGACACUGCCACAAGAUUGAAGAGGGAGAAGGAAACCUUAAGAAACACGCUUAAUUACUUGACUGCUGCCUCAGCUGUUAAGGACGUCUUUCCUUCUUCUUAGUAGAGGUUGAAAUUUCAAAACAGAGGAGGAAAGUGAAUAGUAAAUUCGCUCAAUGAAGCAUACUGAGGAGCAACGAGGAGUUGCAUGUAUUUAUCAAUUGCCCAGGAUAUUACCAUCAUUUUUGUUCCUGCCUUUCCUAAUUCUACUUGCUGAAAACAUUGCCUGUAUGUUUGUUGUUGCUUCGGGAAAGCACAGAUUUCUGCACAUUCUUUACAAGAUGAGCAGACACCUAAUUUGAGAUUCUCUUUCCUUAUUACCUUGUUAUUAAUUACUUUUUGCCCCGAUGACCUGUGAAUAAGAUUGGACAUGCACCUAGUUAAUAUUUCGACUUAGUGGUGUAUUUGAAUAAAAGUUUGUCAGCUAACUAGUCCAGUGGUCCUAGCCAUAUUGAUGUUCGGAAUUGUCAUGCUGUUAUGUCUUAAACAAAGUUAAGCCUAAAAUAGACGUUUGAACGAGUGUAAAUAAGAAGGACACAUAGUUUGUAAUGGGAGGAGCUGCUUGACUUCAAUAAAAUGUACAAGUACUGAAUUGAGACACAGUAAAUUGCGAGAACAAAACUGUGUCCCUA